GGUUACGCAAGGCUUUUGACGGUUUUAAACACGCCCAGGUGUAGCCUACCUUUUGCAGGUUGAGUCGUUUGAUUUUCACUUCCGACAAGGAGUGACUGUCUGGGUGCAGACUGGAAUUCAUGACUCCUAUUAGCAGGAAGUGGGAAAAAAUAACUUUUCCAGUGGAUUUAGACKGACCCUCGGGAAGGGGACGGAGGAUAAAUGAUUGACUACACGUAUAAUCGGACAUGGCCGCUGCUUUUCCUCGCAGGAUUUGUGCUGUCAGGGGUGCGACAGGUCUGUGGGAUAAGUAUUUCCUCUCCGAAUGAGGUGGAAGCGGUCAAUGGGACCGAUGUGAAACUGAAGUGCACCUUCAGCUCCACUCAUUCUGUGUCGCGGGACUCAGUAACUGUGUCCUGGAUGUUCCGACCCCUCACUGGAGGAGCUGACGAGUCGGUAUUUUUCUACCAGGGUGAACCGUUCCCUCCUGAUGAAGGGCGUUUCAAAGGCCAUGCAGAGUGGUCGGGAGACAUUUUGGGGAAAGACGCCUCCAUCACCCUGAAACAGGUGCUUCCAUCCUUCAACGGUACCUACAUCUGCCAGGUGCGCAACCGUCCAGAUGUGCACGGCAGCAAUGGAGAAACCGUCCUCACAGUCGUCACCAAAGCAACCGUGUCUGAGAUCAUGGUCCUGGUGGCAGCCGUCGGAGGCGCCUGYGUCGUCAUUCUGAUCCUGCUCUGUAUCAUUGUGGCGGUAAGGGUCUACAGGAGUAAACACAUGGGAAAUGACAUUGAGAUGCACACAGAGAGGACGCAUGAGAAGAAAGACCCAUGGUGAGAGCUGGAGAACCUGAGCUCAUCUGAUCCUCUUGGGAUGGAGUCUGGUGGGCUGUUUGGGUCCAUUUUAAUUUUUUUCCUCCUGGAAGAGACCAACAAACUGCAUCUUUUUCUUCCAUAUUUGCUCCUCCAUCAGGAACUUUUCAGAAAUCUCUGCAGAUUACUCUGCAGUAUUGGCUGUAWAUAGUACUGCUUUUUAAUAUGUUGUAAUUUUGAAAAUUCAACAUUUUUAUGGACUUUUAAAAAAAGUUAUUUUUUAUUUUUCUAAAAUAAAAUUUCUUAGAUAUUUUAAGCAGCAGAGUAGGGGGUGUAAAUAUGAAUAAGCUGUUCUUGAGGUGGGUCUUGACGUUUUUCCUUUAAUUCACAGCAGCAGUGACUUUGUACAAUGAUUAUUUCAAAGUAAACCAAACGAAAAGUAACUCUCCAAAGCACAACAACUGCUGCGGUGGGUUAACUUUAAAUAUUCUUGCUAAAGUCUUCUACUGAGGAAACCAGUUCAGAGGCGGAAAAGGCUGAAAUAAGUUCACAGAAACCUCCUUUUUUCUCUGUGAGCAACAACUUUACUAACAACUGAUGCUUCAGUGUCUGACUGUCACACUUGGAGUUCAGGUGAGGAAUUU